AAAACUCGCGUUCAAUCACCGGUAACCAUCACUUAGACGCAUCACCUCAUUACUUCAAGAGCAGCGGUGCAGGAAAGAAAUGACAAAAAACCGGCAAAAGUGUGAAUCGAUAUUUCGGUUGUGUUUUAGAGACUUUUUUAUCAGCUUGAAAAUUUUACUCAAACUCUUAGUUACUUUUUGGUUUUGCCUUAGCGUAAUUCAAGCCGAUUACACGCGCUUAUUUAAUCUAAAGCGAAGUACUGCUGAUAAAGACUCUCCAUCGAACGCAACCAAUGUUUCUCGGCCACGCAUCUUUUGCCUAAUUUUCACCAGCGUUGAACGACAUGAUUACAUUGCGAUUUAUGGCCAAAGUACGUGGAUUAGGAAUUGUGAUCGUUAUCUAUUCGUGAGUAAUUCAAUACAUCCAGUUUUGGAGCCGUUGGUCAUCAAGAAUCGCUACCGUUGGGGAGCCAUGUUAAUUAGCCUCGGCUACGUGUAUCGAUAUUAUGCUGACGAAAUGGAUUGGCUGCUGAAAGUAAAUGAUGAUAACUUCGUAAUUUUGGAAAACCUACGCAAGCUGCUUCAACCCUACUCCUCCGAUGAACCAAUUAGUUUUGGGUGCAAAAUGAAGAAUAACGAAAACCAGACGUACAUGCAUGGCGGUAAUGUCUUCAGCCGCGAAGCAUUGCGUCGCCUCGUUACCAAUGGCUUCACAAAUUCAAGUCUAUGUUACCUGGACGAUAGUCCCUACGAUGAUGAAGAAUUGAGCAGAUGCCUACGAAAUGUGGGCGUUGUUGCCGGUGACAGUCGCGACGCCAUGGGGCGCCAGCGGUUUUUGCCAUUCAAUCCCGAGCAAUAUCUGGUAGACCUGGAACCGGAUAUGCAGGAAUGGUAUUCAACUCGUUCGUAUUACGAAAUCAAUGCCAUUACGAGAGAAUUGUCGAGGGAAGUAAUUUCUUUUUACAAUGUAAAUCCACCAACAAUGCUCUGCUUGUAUUAUUAUAUAUAUAAAAUGAGAAUUUUCGGAAGAAAAGUGCUACCUCAAAAUGGUACAACACAUUUUAUAAAUGGUACGCCAUCAGUGACGCACAGCAAUUAAAUUCAAAGAGACCUAUAUAUGCAUGUACAGCGGUCAAAAAAACAAACAAAACAGUCGACAUAAGUAAUAAAGUUUAUUAUUUUGUCAAUAAAAAACUGUUAAAUGUUAAACUUAACAA